UAUUGGAUUUUGAUUGGAUUUUAGAAGAAUUUUGAGACCCAUUUGGCUAUUGAAUUUGUGGGUUUGGUUGGUUUUCUCAACAAACCAUCUGAGUUACUGAUCUUCUCUUCUAAAAACUGUUUUUCUUGUAUUUUGUUCUGUUAUUUCUUUAAGAGGAAUUUCUGUAUGGAAGGUGUCACUUGGGUGCACUUGUUUUCUGCUUCUUUCAUCAUUUACAUUCUGUUUACUGAUGAAAGCUUGCUAAAAAUUUCAGUUGUUUCAGACAAUUUGAAGCAAUGGCACUUGAGAUGAAUUUUGAAAGUCAAAUGCAUGCAGUGAAAUGCCAAGGUUCUUCUUUGGAAUCAUUGAGUUCCAAGGCAGUAUGUUCAAGACAUAAGCGCUCUAAUAGUUGUCCUGUUAAGAAAACCAGUGAAGUUAGUUCCAUUCAAGAUCUUCAUCAUCCGAAAUUGGAUAUGCGGAAAGUGAGGGACUGUCCGGUCAUCAAGAAGAAACAGUCCCCUACAACUGAGCUACAAAGUUCAUUGAAGAGAGAGAUUCUACUGCUUGAAAGACAUCUACAGGAUCAGUUUUCUGUACGCCGGGCUCUAGAAAAGGCAUUGGGACGAAGGUCUUCCUCCCAUGAUACUUCAAAUGAGAAUUCAAUGCCCAAGCCUGCUAAGGAACUGAUCAAGGAGAUUGCUGUGUUAGAAUUGGAAGUGGUCUAUUUGGAACAGUAUCUUUUGUCACUGUAUCGGAGAGCUUUUGACCAACAAACGUCUUCCUUGUCACCAUCUACUAAUGAUGAGGGACUAAGAUCACCUCUGAAAUCCAAGCCGAGGCUGUACCUAGAAGCUGGUGGACUUGAUAUCACAUCAAAGAGAGAAAGUCACGGAGUUCGAUUUGGUCGGUCAUUGUUGCCUCAAAUUCCUUUCACCAACUCAAUGACAGAGUCUAAUGCUAUUGGUGGCAUCAAGAAGCUAAUGGAUCCUAGAAUUCAACGUAGCCAAUCCUCACUAACACAGUGUUUGGCUUGCUCGACUAGAAUCUCUCCUCCAAUGAAAAAUCUCACUAAAACGACACGUGGGUGUCAUUCGCAGCCUUUAUUAUUGAUGGAGCAGGCAGAGAAUGCUACACCAAAUUUGACCAGCUUGGCGGAGCAUCUUGGGGCACGUAUUUCAGAUCAUGUUCCCGAGACACCCAAUAGACUCUCUGAAGAUGUGAUUAGAUGCAUGGGAACCAUAUAUUGCAAGCUUGCAGAAGCCCCUCUGGUGCAUCAUGGCCUCUUAUCUUCUCCUACUUCAUCUGUAUCAUCAACAAGCAUGUUUUCUCCACGGGGUCAAUCUCAUAUGUGGAGUCCCCACUGCAAGAAGGAAUCUCUUUGUGACAUAAGCUUAGAGAAAUUUUUCCGAAUAGAAAGCUCGCAAGAGUUCAGUGGUCCUUAUAGCACAAUGGUGGCAGUACCACGGAUUUCUAGAGAUCGGCGGAAACUAACAAAUAUCAAACACAUGCUCGAAGAUUAUAGGUUGUUAGUUCAACGGCUGGAAGAUGUCGAUCCUACGAAGAUGAAGAAUGAGGAGAAGCUUGCUUUCUGGGUUAACAUACACAAUGCAUUGGUGAUGCAUGCGUAUAUAGAAUAUGGAAUCCCACAAACUAUAAGAAGAGGGUCAUUACUCUCCAACGCUGCAUAUAAUGUGGGAGGUCAGAGUAUCAGUGCAGACACAAUACAGAGUUCCAUUCUAGGGUGCCGUACACAUCGUCCUGGACAGUGGCUUAGAACAUUCUUCUACUCAAGGAUAAAGUUCAAAUCUGGAGAUGAAUGGCAAGCAUAUGCUAUUGAGAGUUCAGAACCUCUUUUACAUUUUGCACUUUGUGCAGGAAGCCAUUCUGAUCCUGCGGUUCGAGUAUACACGGCGAAGAGAGUACUGCAAGAACUGGAAACUGCUAAAGAUGAGUACAUUCAAGCGAAUGUCAGUAUACAAAAGGAACAGAAGAUCGUUCUGCCGAAGAUUAUAGAAUCUUUUGCUAAGGAUUCGAGUUUAAGUCUGACGAAUGUGGUGGAUAUGGUCCAACACCAGCUGCCAAAGACUCCACAACAGGCCAUGCAACAAUGUCUGCAAGAGAAAUACCACAAGAGCAUCGAAUGGGCGCCUCACAACUUUUCGUUCCGGUAUCUGCUAUCGAAAGAACUUGUGAAAUGAGCAUUCUCGAAGCGAGAAAUGGCUGUGGUUGUAUGAAUGUGUGUGGGUUGUUUUGGUAUUGGAGAGAGGCUGCUCACACAUUGCAUUCUGUAAUGCUUGAUUCAAUUGUUAUGCAUGUAAUAUAGAAUGUAUCUUUGUUUAUC